GCUCUGCUGCGCGCUUGGUUUCUCGUGGCACAGGUCAUGCUUAGCAUUUGACUUGCUUGUGCCAGUACCGGCACUGCCAUGUUGACACGGAGUGCUUUGCAUGUUCAGCGCCUUCCAUCGCUACCUGCGUCUUGUUUAUGGCGGAUUGAGCAAGCUAGGUAUCAGUGGGAGCUUAGAAGAAGCACCUGGGAGGUGAGCUCUUUGGGUCGAGUGAAGAACCUCAGAGGCAUUACACAUCACGGAACCUUGACUUGCUUCGGAUACAAGCGAGCUCGCAUCGGGGGGAAAAGUUACAUGGUGCAUCGCUUGGUGGCGAGAGCCUUCUUGGGACCUCCGCCCUUUGCUGCUUACACGCAGAUCAACCACAUUGACGGUGACCCACACAACAAUGCAGCCAACAAUCUGGAAUAUGCCACGCCAUCGCAGAACAGACAACACUGGCUGCAAACAGCUGUUGAUAGAACAAGCGGCGGGCCGACGAGGCCACUUUAUUGCCGGUCCAGUGCAGGUGCAUGGUCAUACUUUGAAUCCCUCACUGAAGCAGCGCACGCGCUGGGUUUGGCCGGAUCAAACAUUUCCAAGUGUUGUCAAGGGCGCUUGAAGCAUGUUGGUGGCUAUGAGUGUCAAUAUGCAGAGUCUGCUUUUCUCCCUGGCGAGGAAUGGCGCAUAGCCCAGUAUCCAGGCGUGAUCCAGGCUAUCUCAAAUUGGAUGGUCAGCAGUCACGGCCGAGUCAAGACAAGUCGUGGGCGAAUCACACACGGGACUCUUACCAAGGCAGGAUACUUUGCCAUGUACACGGUUAGUUUGACACGAUACGGCCUAAGCAGCAGGCCUUUGGUGCACCGCUUGGUUGCAGCCAGCUUUCUUGGGCAGCCGACUGCAGCAGACCUGCAGGUCAACCACCUGGACGGAAACCGAGGAAACAACCAUGUUUGGAAUUUGGAGUAUGCGACGCCGGCACAAAACGCUCAGCAUGCCAGCACCCUAAGAGCCGGUUGCAGAGUUCAAAGACCAAAUGCACGCAAGCCCGUGCUGGCUCGCGAAAAUGGCGGUCUUUGGAUCCACUUUGAGUCUUGCAAGGCAGCGGCUGCGUAUGCUGGGGUUCAUGCAGCUUCAGUUUCGCAAAUUUGUCAUGGAAAGUUUCGACGUACAAAGAACUGGGAGUUUAAGUUUGCAGCCAGCGACGCGCUGCCUUCUGAGGAGUGGCGCCAGGUUGUGCUGGAUUGGUCAUGCGAUCCUGAGCCAGUCCUGCAAUGAUCAAGGUUGGACAUUUUAUUCGGAGGUAUGGACAAGCAGCUCGCAUGUUUUGUUAAUGCCAUGCUACAACUGGGCUGUCAAGACGGUCUGUUGCUCCCAUCAGGGGAAACGCUGAGCGUUCAUGAUCCACUGCAGAGGAAGACUGGCGAAGAGACAGUUACUUUGCUGCUUGCGUUUGAGAAGGAUGGUCUAGGUGAAAAGAUGGCCCUACUCAUGUUCGCAGGAGCUUGGCAGCCUGCGUAGCAUGCGUUGCAGAAGUUUGCAUAUUAGACUGGAUUUUGUAUCACACUGGGUGGUUUGCUGGUGCGCCCUUGUGUAUUGCGACAGUCUCCAUGUUGGAGCACAGAGUUUCCUUGGACAUGUGGCCAUGCAUUGUACAGUGUGCUAACAUUGCAACAAGCAGCUGAGAAAGCAGGCUCCGCCCAGCUUCAAAGCAUUACAAGUGCCACCUGACACCACUUACAAGCGUUCGGUUGAGUCUGUGGGCUAAGCAAGGCAACUACUAGCAACAGAGGCGAUUUCCAGACCAUCGUCUCGUUAGAUUUGCAAAUCUCGGCACGAC